UGCGAGCUCUCCCUGUGCUCAGCUGCUGCGAGAGUGCAUACAUGGCUUGUGUGACAGCAACAGCGCACAGAAGCUGCAGUGAAAUGCAGUUAGUAAUACAGCUGGGAGACAGACAGCGAGGCAGGCACUGGUCCAGCAACUGAAAUGAUCCUACCGUGAGCCAGCCCGCAGCGCUUUCAAAAGUGGCUGACUACUGCACAGGAGCUCGUCCUUCUUUGCAAUUACUCCAGUUCCCCCGGGUGACUGCAGUGUGUGCUUCGCUUCACUCUUGUUGCUUUUUGUUUGGUUGUGUUGGCACGGGUUUUUUUUCCUGCUGCCUCCUUCUCUCCUCCCGUGUCCUUUUCUCCAGGAUGGCGGAAGCAGAGUUGCACAGGGAGAGGCUCCAAGCCAUAGCAGAGAAAAGGAAAAGGCAGACGGAAAUAGAAGGCAAGAGACAACAGCUUGAGGACCAGAUACUUCAGCUGCAGCAUUUCAAGUCAAAAGCUCUUCGUGAAAAAUGGCUCCUGCAGGGAAUUCCUGCUGGCUCUGCAGAGGAAGAAGAAGCCAGAAGGAAGCAGUCAGAAGAGGAUGAGCUGAAGGUGAAAAAGCUGGAAGAAAAUAUACACAGGUUGGAACAAGAAAUACAGAAAUUAGAAAGUGAGGAAUCUCAAAUAUCUGCCAAAGAACAAAUCAUUUUGGAGAAACUAAAGGAGACUGAGAAGUCCUUCGACAACUUGCAAAAGACUUUCUCACACCAGGAUGGUGAUGCAGUAAAUUACAUUUGCUCCCAGAUCCCUGAACUCCCAACCCUCUAUUCACGAUCACCAGAGCCAGUUCCUGGGCGGGACGGAGCAAGCAGAGUAGCUGCUUUGUGCACCAUGGAAAUUAAUGUGGAGAAAGACAAACAGACAGGAGAGACCAAGAUUGUCUCUGCUUCACCUGUUGGCCCAGAUGAGGCCCAUCAAAGAGGAUUCAAAGUCUAUGAUGAUGGUACCAAGGUAGUCUAUGAGGUUCACUCUGGUGGCACAGUGGUAGAAAACGGAGUACAUAAAUUAAGCUCAAAGGACGUAGAUGAACUUAUGCAAAAAGCUGGACAAUCAAAUGUAAAAGGAGGGUAUGAAAUAAUGACUGUGUCAGACAGAAAUGCAGUAGCUGAUGGAAACCUUAGCCAUAUGAAGGAGCAAAUGCUCUUCAAGGAGGCAAAGCUGGAAAUGGUACACAAACCAAACAAAGGGCAUGCUGUGAGUUCCCAGCCCCAAGACAAACCCCGUGGUGGCGAAGUUCCAGAAGCCAGUGCAGAUCAACCAGUGACAAUGAUAUUUAUGGGCUACCAGAGCAUUGACGAUGAAGAGGAGACGAAAAAAGUGCUGGGCUAUGAUGAAACCAUCAAAGCAGAGUUGGUUCUGAUCGAUGAAGACGAUGAGAAGUCUUUGAGAGAGAAGACAGUGACAGACAUAUCCACCAUGGAUGGGAACGCCGCUGAGCUGGUCUCUGGCAGGCCCCUGUCAGACACAACAGAGCCCUCCUCUCCUGAGGGGAAGGAAGAGAGCCUGCCCUUGGAAGCUGCCCCAGGCACAAGAGAAAUGGACAUGCUGCCAAAAGACCCGCAGAGGCUGUGCUCCUUUGAAAACCCUGAAACUGAGGAGAGGACAGAGAAAUCUUCCAGAAUCCCUGAGGAUGACAUCAGGUUAAAAAAAAGUAGAGACCAAAACUGUGCCAAUUUCUUGGAGCCAGCUACUGCGCUUGCUACAAAGGAAGAAAAAAUGGAAAUUGAAGUUCCAGUUUCUGAGCAUAAAAGCAUCACCACAGUGGCUUCACCACAUCCCAUAGACAAUCCAACCCACCUCUUUUCUUCUGCUGCCAGCCACAAUGGACUUAAGGACAGGCAUGAAUCUCUGGACAGUGAAGUUGCUAAAGAGAUCAGAUAUCUAGAUGAAGUGCUGGAGGCAAACUGCUGUGAUUCUUCUGCUGAUAAUACCUUUAAUGGGACAUCCUCUCCUCAGCUAAGUGCAGUCACCAUCAUGGAUGGCUCAGGUGCUUCAGUUAAUGUCUCUAAUGAUUCAGUACCCAAUGCAAGGGAAGAAAAUAUAGCUGACAAGCAGGCGCCCUUGGUUGUUAAACCACGUGAAGCUAGUACAGCAGGUGAAAGCCUGAACUCUAAUGGCCAUUCCUUGGGUGGACUGAAGGAAGACACUGGGGAAAGUUUGAAGAUACCAGGAAGUCCCACUUCUUCAAACAGUUCUAGAAGAUCUUCUAAGGAUGGAGAAACAACUCUUACAACCCUUAAGAAAGAGGCUAAGUUUGAACUCCGAGCUUUCCAUGAGGACAAAAAGCCCUCUAAGCUCUUUGAAGAUGAAGAUGAGAAAGAAAAGUAUAGGGUCCGCAAAGUGAGACCAUCAGAGGAAAUGAUAGAACUUGAAAAAGAAAGAAGGGAGCUCAUUAAAAGCCAGGCUGUCAAGAAAAACCCUAACAUUGCCGCCAAGUGGUGGAACCCUCCCCAGGAGAAGACUCUGGAGGAACAACUGGAUGAAGAGCAUUUGGAAUCCCACAAAAAGUAUAAGGAGCGCAAGGAGAGACUGCAGCAGCAAAGUGCAACACCAACAUCUCCCAAACAGGUCAGCUGCUCCUUUGUACCACCAGAGCCAGUGAAUAUCAAGAAAGAGGAUAUUGUCACAGAGCAAAUUGAUUUCUCAGCUGCCAGGAAGCAAUUCCAACUGAUGGAGCAUUCAGGUCCAUCUCAGGGUCAGGUCCCACCAAGGCGAUCUGGAACACCCAAAAUGUUCUCCGUCAAACCGUUCUAUAAAAGCCUCAAUCCUUCAAAUGCAGACAGGCCUCUCUCCACUAUUACAAGACCUGUUUCAAUGUAUGGACAAACAGGUCAACAUGAGGGUAAUGACAUCACUGUUGUCAAAGCACAGAAAGUCUCCUAUUCUUCAGAGGAAGAUACAAAUGCUCAGAGCAACAGUGCUGACCCAAUAAGAGAGUUACCAUGUAGUGAUAGCUCCAGAGCUGGACAGGCCUCGAAACUGUGGUCAGAGGAUGGAGAAUUCAUGAGUGCAAGAGCUGUCUUCACGGUGGUGAAGGAUGAUGUACAGGGUGUGCUAGACCAUCUCCCAAAGUCAGCCAGCGCCUCCUCCCCUCCCGAGGAGCUUGACUCCGGUUUGGAUGACUUGUCUGUAAGAUCUCAGGAUACCACUGUCUUGGAGACUCUUUCCAAUGACUUCAGCAUGGAUAACAUCAGUGACAGUGGUGCCUCUAAUGAAACUAUGAGUGCCCUGCAAGAAAGCUCACUGGCAGAUUUCUCCCUGCCACAGACCCCGCAGACCGAUACUCCAGCAGAGUGCAGGGGUGAAGGCAUGUCCAAAUCAUUCAGUGACCCAGGCUGUGACUCACUGUCUUCUGCCUUGGCAGAUUCUAUGCUGAUGGACAACCAGCUGGAAUACCACGCUGGUCUGCUUGUUCAAAAUGCCAUCCAACAAGCCAUAGCCGAACAGGCAGAUAAAACAAAUGGCAAGGAAGAGAAAAUCCCAGCAGAGCAGGAUAUCUCUGCCAAAGAGCAGCCGGCCACCACCAGGCUAUCUUCAGCCUCCAAGGAGCAGCAGAACCCAGUAUUUAAGCCACCCCAGGUGUCUUCACCUGUUCAAGAAAAAAGGGACACCAUACCAAAGACUUCAAAAGAAGACAACUCAGGACUCAGAGAAGGGAAGAGUUUGCAGCAGUCGCCCGUGUACUCUGCCAGCCAGCCAUUCCUUGUGGAGGAGAACAGGCACGAAGUCAGUUACUUCAGCAAGUAUUCAGAGGCAGCCGAGCUGAGGAGCACUGCCUCCAUCCUUGCCACGCAGGAACCUGAAGUGACCGUGGGCCCUUUCAAGUUACGAUCAAGGAAGCAGCGGACUUUGUCAAUGAUAGAAGAAGAAAUCAGAGCUGCCCAGGAGCGGGAAGAGGAGCUGAAGAGGCAGCGGCAAGGUCUGCAGAUGGCACCAAGCCCCGUCACGAAGAGCGCACCACCCCUGCCCACCAGAACAGUGUCUUACAAAACUGCACCAGGAAAGAUAGAGAAAAUCAAGCCUCCUCCAUCCCCUACCACAGAAGGACCUGCCUCACACUCCGACCUGCAGGCUGAGGAGCCUGCAGGAGCCCAGCGACCCAAGAACCUGAUGGAGACCCUCAUGGAGGAUUACGAAACACACAAAACCAAGAGACGAGAGAGGAUGGAUGACAGCAGUUACACCUGUAAAUUACUGUCUAGCAAGGUUACUUCAGAGGUGCUGGAGGCCACCAGGGUGAACCGCAGGAAGAGUGCGCUGGCGCUGCGCUGGGAGGCCGGCAUUUACGCCAACCGAGAGGAGGACGAGUAGCUGUGCAGCAUCACUUGCUGAACCAAAAGAAAAAAAAAAAAGGAAAAAAAAAAAAAAAAAGAAAAGAAAAUAUGAAAGAGAAAGGAGGGGAAAAAAAAAAAAAAAAAAGGAAAAAAAAAAUAAGCAGCAUUUUAAUCCGAUAUUUAUUAAAUACACAAUGAACUCAAUGAUGCACACAGACAUAGAAACAAUCCAGCUCCCGGCAACUCUAAAACAACAGGAACAGCCCACUCAGAAAACACCCCCUCCUCCCACCCCUGCUUCCCCCUCCCAAAUGAUGCUAGGGUUGCAGGGCCGGGGAGUCCCGGGACACACCUCGGGGGUCUGUGCCCACAUCGGCCUCACCCCUGCAGCAUGACGACGUCACCCUCCGAUGCUGUUUGUUUGAGGGGACCGAAAGGUUUGGGGUUGGGAAUGGAAUGGGGUUGGUUUUUUUGGAGGGGGGGUCUGCGCCCCUUAUCUAGUAAUUUAUCUGUUUAAAUGAAAAAAAAAACAAAAACCCACAAAUAAACGGGGAAGCAUCUGUUGCAAAUGUACAA